CGGCGCGCGCCCCUCCCCUUCCGGCGCCGCGUGCCGCCCGCCCGAGCCCGGAGCGCGCCGCCGCCCUGUGAGGAGAGGCCGCCGCCAUCAUGCCGGUGUACUUCCAGCGGCCCGAGAACGCCCUGAAGCGGGCGAACGAAUUCCUUGAGGUUGGCAAAAAGCAGCCUGCCCUUGAUGUUCUCUAUGAUGUUAUGAAAAGUAAGAAACACCGAACAUGGCAGAAAAUCCACGAGCCGAUUAUGCUGAAGUACCUGGAACUCUGUGUGGAUCUCCGCAAGAGUCACCUGGCAAAGGAAGGGCUGUACCAGUACAAGAACAUUUGCCAGCAGGUGAACAUCAAAUCUUUGGAGGAUGUUGUUCGAGCCUAUUUAAAGUUAGCUGAAGAAAAAACAGAAGCAGCUAAGGAAGAAUCCCAGCAGAUGGUACUGGACAUAGAAGACUUAGAUAACAUUCAAACUCCAGAGAGUGUUCUUUUGAGUGCUGUAAGUGGAGAAGACACUCAGGACCGUACUGACCGACUGCUUUUGACACCGUGGGUUAAAUUUCUGUGGGAAUCGUAUCGGCAAUGUUUGGAUCUUCUCCGAAACAAUUCUAGAGUGGAACGUUUAUACCAUGAUAUUGCACAGCAAGCUUUUAAGUUCUGCCUGCAGUACACACGUAAAGCUGAGUUCCGUAAACUCUGCGAUAACCUGAGAAUGCAUCUGGGGCAGAUCCAGCGUCAUCAUAACCAAAGCACAGCAAUCAACCUCAACAACCCUGACAGCCAGUCCAUGCACUUGGAGACCAGGCUUGUGCAGCUUGACAGUGCUAUUAGCAUGGAGCUGUGGCAGGUAUGCAGCAGGCCUCUAAUCACACAGUAGCAUCCAACCUUUCCA